UCACUACGUCUGUGUGUCGAGUGGUUGGUUAUGGUUGUUGGGUCACAAGACUAGUAAUAGGAAAUAAAUUAUUUUAUUAUUGUUUAAUCGAGUAGUGCUCCUAUUAUUGCGUGUCUCUACAUAAAUCCCUUCAUAACCAUGGUGUCAUUGAUACCAGAUGUUUGUUUGUGAAUGACGAGUCAAAGUGCAAAACAACUAAUGAAUGAUGCAGUCUAUUUUCUGGACAGGCAGAGUGCUAUCACGUGCUAUAAGGAAUGGGAUUUCAAACCUAUCCAGCUCUGCUGAAUUAAACGUUUCGAGCAAGAAACAUCCAUAUUUAGUAUCAGUUGUGUGUGGAUUUCCCAAAGACAUUGUCAAUGGAAGAACUCGUAAAGGGCAAUUUGGGGACGACGCAUGGUUCUCUACUCAGUUCAACAAUGCGGACGUUAUUGGAGUGGCAGACGGAGUGGGGGGCUGGCGUGCUUACGGAAUUGAUCCCGGGGAAUUCUCCUCCUAUUUAAUGAAGACAUGUGAGAGACUGGUCCAAAUGGGCCAUUUCAAGUUGUCAGAGCCUGCUGACCUCCUAGCCAAGUCAUACUAUGAGCUACUUGAACACAAGAAGCCUAUACUAGGCAGCAGCACAGCUUGUGUUAUGAUCCUGGACCGGACGGAGAGCGUGAUGCGCGCGGCCAACAUCGGCGACAGCGGCUACAUGGUGGUGCGCGGCGGUCGCGUCGUACACCGCUCACACGAGCAACAGCACUACUUCAAUACGCCGUACCAGCUCAGCCUGCCGCCGCCGGGCCACGACAGGAACGUGCUCAGCGACAGCCCAGAGUCGGCGGACACAUCAGAAUUCGCCGUGGAAUGCGGCGACGUGAUCCUCGUCGCCACCGAUGGCGUGUUCGACAACGUGCCCGAACCAGUGUUGCUCGCCGAGCUGCGACGGGCGAAAACACUCGCCGGCGACUCGCCGCGUCUGCAGGCUGUGGCCAAUUCUAUCGCGUGGAUGGCCAGGAAUCUGUCCUUUGACGGCUGCUACAUGUCGCCCUUCGCUAAGAGCGCUAGGCAGAAUGGAAUUGAUGCUAUCGGGGGCAAACCAGACGACAUAACGGUGCUACUGGCGAUCGUAGCCCUAUGAAAAUGUCCUCACUCGAUUUUAGGCACUUGUUUUUUUUCUAAACAUUACGAAAUUAGUAGGUAUGUAGUUAUAUUAAACAACGACACCAAAAAUUCGACAUUGUUCUAAACUUAGUGACGUAUUUGUGCAGGCAUGUCUAUUCAACAUUAUAGGGUGGAUUUCAGUGCGGUUUAAAAGCUUGGGUGAACCUAAAACC